UCACUUCCUUUUGUGUGCGUCUGCGGGGCUGCUGUACUGUCUGUCUGGGACGGAGGGCUUCCACGUUAAGCAGGCGAUUCAACCCCACCAACCGGUAUACAAGCGGCUGUAUAUAUAAGGGAUUUGUAAAUUAUUUGUAGUUGUAUGCGGCAUACCUAACUAUCAAGUGUGAGCUCGGUGGACUUUCUUCUCCCGCUGCUUGCAUACGCUUCAGUGAACCACUGCAGCAGCAACAGACCAAGCACGCCGCCGCCGCCGCUGUUGUUGUGAGAGAAGAAAACAAGCUCGGCGAGCAGUUAGCCAGGCUGUGUGAUCAUUGACAGAGUUCAAUACACACACGCUUUCUGUGGCAACUGGUGACGGCUUUGUGCAGCGGACUCCGGAGCCUCUUCAAGAACGAACAGCUGGAAACGUUUUUGUCCCUGAAGUCUAGGACAGUAUAAGAAUUUCAUCUGAGCCACUGUCAGGUAUUUGACUACUUGGGGCAGGUUACACAAUUUCCACCAGCUCUUCUUAGGCCGCUUCCCAACCCAGACAGUCUUCUGCCCCAGCAUGAAUGAAGUCAGUGUUGUGAGAGAGGGAUGGCUCCACAAGAGAGGUGAAUACAUUAAAACAUGGAGGCCUCGUUACUUCAUCUUAAAGAGUGAUGGCUCAUUCAUCGGCUACAAAGAGAAGCCUGAGGUGUCCAGUGAUCACAGCCUCCCGCCACUCAACAACUUCUCUGUAGCAGAAUGCCAGCUGAUGAAGACCGAGCGGCCCAGGCCGAACACAUUUGUCAUUCGUUGUCUGCAGUGGACCUCAGUUAUCGAGCGCACCUUCCAUGUAGACAGCAAUGAAGAGAGGGAGGAAUGGAUGCGAUCGAUCCAAGCAGUGGCAAACAGCCUGAAGAGUCAGCAGCAGGAUGAGGAGCCCAUGGAGAUCAAAUAUGGUUCACCGAGUGACAGCAGCGGCACAGAGGAGAUGGAGAUUGCUGUGUCCAAAUCCCGCACAAAAGUGACCAUGAGUGAUUUUGACUACCUGAAACUGCUGGGAAAAGGCACAUUUGGUAAAGUGAUCCUUGUGAAGGAGAAGGCCACGGGGAUGUACUACGCCAUGAAAAUUCUCCGCAAAGAAGUCAUCAUUGCUAAAGAUGAGGUGGCCCACACAGUUACAGAAAGCAGAGUUCUCCAAAAUACACGGCAUCCCUUUCUAACAACGCUAAAAUAUGCAUUUCAAACACAUGACCGGCUAUGCUUUGUGAUGGAAUACGCAAAUGGAGGAGAACUCUUCUUUCACUUAUCUCGAGACAGAGUGUUCACUGAAGACAGGGCGCGAUUCUAUGGUGCAGAAAUAGUGUCAGCACUGGAGUACCUGCACUCACGGAAUGUAGUUUACAGGGAUCUAAAGCUCGAGAACCUGAUGUUAGACAAGGAUGGCCACAUAAAGAUAACAGACUUUGGUCUGUGUAAAGAGGGGAUCACAGAUGGUGCCACCAUGAAGACCUUCUGUGGAACCCCAGAGUACCUUGCCCCAGAGGUGCUGGAGGACAAUGACUAUGGUCGAGCGGUGGACUGGUGGGGUCUGGGUGUGGUCAUGUAUGAGAUGAUGUGUGGUCGGUUGCCCUUCUACAACCAGGACCACGAGCGUCUCUUUGAGCUCAUCUUGAUGGAAGAGAUCCGCUUUCCCAAGAACCUGGCUCCUGAGGCCAAGGCCCUGUUAGCUGGUCUGCUUAAAAAGGACCCCAAACAAAGGCUCGGAGGCGGACCAGAUGACGCCAAAGAAGUGAUGAGCCAUAAGUUCUUCACCUCUAUCAACUGGCAGGAUGUCAUCGACAAAAAGCUCAUUCCACCUUUCAAGCCCCAGGUAACAUCAGAAACAGACACGCGUUACUUCGAUGAUGAGUUCACAGCACAAACCAUUACAAUAACUCCUCCCGACAAGUAUGACAGCUUGGAUGCAGAGGAUUCAGAUCAGCGUACACACUUCCCUCAGUUCUCCUACUCUGCCAGCAUACGGGAAUGAUCACUCACACUCUUGAACAAGCAGGCAGGCUUACACACAAUCACAAUCCCACAUACACACUUGCACUGCUGGGGAAUUCGAGUGACACAAACAAAACUGGCACAAGACACAUUUUCAUUCAGUCUUAAAUGCACACACACAUAAAGGCAAAUCAGAAAAAAAAAACAUGGAUCAAAGAGUUUGAAAAUGAACACACAGGCCUUGAAUGACUGACCUCAGCAGGUUUGUGUGGAUAGACUGGCAGCUUUGUCUCUUUACGUCCUCUGUGGGGUGGCUUUAGGCUUCCCUGCAGGACCUCUGCUGCACUACACUGGGCACCACAUCAAAGCCUUGACACUUUGAAAACCAGGUUAUGCCAGCAAGUACCACCUCUUUACCAGCUGUACCCAUGCUACACAUAGUCACACAUACAAACCAACCCAUGCAUAGACUGCAUAUAUAUAUAUACAACCGUACUUGAUAGAAUUUUAAAAACUAUAAUCAGAAUUAGGAAAAUGGAAAAGAUUCGGGGAAACAGACUAAUUUUUAUUUGAUCGAUUGUUACAGUUUUAAAUGUAAAGCCAUAUUUCUGCAUUUUUGUGAUUUUUUUUUUUUUUUUUUUCCUCUUUUCUUUAACAAGUGCUCUUUCUGGAACUUGCUGUUACAAAUCAAGUGUGGGACUGUUCCUACAGUGGGGGUGGGAUGGGGAAGAGGAGGAGGAGGGCUGCCAUUUCUGUGUUUGCACUGCAUGUGUGUUUUUUGCGAAAGGGUGAGUGGAUGUCUGAAUGUGUGCAUACGAGUGCAAGAGAAUGUAUGACCAACCAUUCUGAUUCUCAACCAUCCAUUUGUGUCUGUUUAUGCAUGUUUUUAAAAACUGAACUAUUGCUGGAAUAUCAAUAGGAGAGGACACUACACAGCACACUCAAUGGCCUUUUUAAAGGGAACCAGCAUGCAACUUCUGAUGAGCUAUGACCAGCUUGUCGCUAAAUUGGCUCUGUUAGGAUUAGAACCUUAGAUCUCUUGCAUGGCAUUGCUUUUUCAAACUGCAUUCAUUCAAAUCCAAGUGAUGCUGCAAGAUUCAUGUCACUGUUUAGCUUUUCAUACUGACUGACCACAUAGCCAUCUUCAGUUUGGAGCUGUUUUCAUCAAGGCCAGUUGCUCUACAUGUUACGAUGUAAAGAUUGGAAGGAAAGAGGAGAAUAGAGAUCCAACUAUUAUCCUCAAUUUUCAACAAGUUUCCCCCAAUCUGUCCAGCGACCAGUUUAGACAAACUCUCCACAUUUCAGUAAUUCUUACUUCCUAGCUGAAGAGUUAGGCACCGAUCUGUUAUUCCCUUUUCUAUUUGUAAUAUCAGUGUAAGUUUUUAAAAAUAUAUUUUUUAAAUAAGCCUCUGAAUGUUCCCGUAUUUAAAGAAUGAAAGAGUUAAAUUGCUGGCAAGUCUUUCUAAUGAGGCCAAAAACUAAGUGGAAGUUUAACACUUCACAUGAUUCCAUGUUUGAUAUCAAGUCUUUUUUUUUUUUUUUUUUGCUUGUGUUUUCUGUAAUGCUGUGUCCAAGCACUUAAAUCUAUGUAGUUGUCUGCCUGCAGCAUCAGUCUGCAGGGUUUUACAUUCCAACGAAACACUUCACAAGCUGGUCGACCAACUCUCAACCUGCAGUAAGAUGGAUCAUUUCAAAACAUCACCUGACUUACUGUGUAGAUGAAAUGAGAACCUGCAUGCUUCGGAGUCAUGACGGCACAUGAUUGAGAGGGGUUGUGGACAGCAGACUGAAGUGCUCACAUUGACGCAAGCAUAUUCCAUAUUGCUGGAAGAGAUGUUCAUCAUCAUCAAGACAUUUUUUGUUUGUCAUUAUUUUGCUUUUGUUGAUUUUUUUUUUCUUUGUUUUGUCCAUUUAUUUCUCAAAAUCUUGAAGACACACUGUCUUGUCUAAGUAUACAUUAUAUAAAAUAUAUAUAUUAAAAGUUUUUAAACUGCUUUCUUUUUGAUUAAGUUCUUCAUUUAAGGGGGUUUCCAGUUGAUUAUUUUAACUAAAGUAGUUCUGAUCAGUGAGUUGAUGCUGAAUUUAACCUGUGCAUAUCAUCACUUCACCAAGACAAAUGAUUGAAGUCACAGUGUAUAAGUAGCACAAUUAUGGAAACUAAUAGACGCUUUUGAUUAAUUUGAAGAGUAUCUCCCUCAUAAAUCUAAUACCUUAAUUUGACAACUUUGUCCCAUUUUGCAGAACACUUUAAAAAUAAUUUUGUACUUUUAAGGUGAUAUUGAACAAAUAGAAAAGACAUCCAUUGGUUUGUUCUGCACGCUUGGGAAAAGUAUGACAGUUAAUAUUUUUUGUAAAGUUCUGUACAGAUGAUCACCUCAACAGCAGCUUAUAAAGUCUAUGACUCUCUGGGAUACCCCUCAUGUCACACAUUUGUUUUUAUUUACGUUUGUGUGAGUGAGGUAUGAGAGCGUGACUGAGAGAGGAUUGAGUGAGCACAGAAAAACAGCAGAUAUUUUUACUUAUCGUUGUGCAGCAGGUGGCCCCAGUUCCUGUUGAUGAUAAUGUGAUGAAAUGGCUUUGAUUUACAGUUCACAACUCCAGCACCUCUUCUCACUGGCUCAGGCACAGCCAUCAUACUCUAGCCUAGUGUCCUGCCUUGGAAACAGCAGGACCUUCUAUCAGAACCUGCACUGAUGGACUCCACUGUGGAUUUGCCUUCAUUGCUGUCAUGGCCAUAAGGGGGUGCUGCUGAACUUUUUAAAUAUUGGUUGUGAAGCCAUACACUGAACCUCGCUGCUGGCCACGCUUUAAGCAAUGCUUCACAGCUAAACAUGCAAGUUAAUACCCCUGACCUCUCCUGUAGGCAUACACAGGCACAAGAAGUGCCUCCUCACUAUUGUGUAAAUACCAAAAAGAGAAAAAAAAAAAAGCUUGAUGGCGAAUGCAGCAUUAGUAGAAGGGGAGGCCUGCAGCUUUGUAGUAUUUGAUUUGCAGCUUUACUAUGGUUACCUUGCUUCUCUGUAUAUUUGAAUGUGAUUAGCAGUCACGAAUGUCACACCUGAUUCUGGUGUAACAAGGAUUUUUUUGUUUUGUUUUUUAUUUGUUUGCUUGUUGCUGUUAGUUGAGGCUCAGAGGGCAAUGAAAAAAAGCAAUCUUUAAGGGGAGGACAUUGUCUUGGAAGACAGUCUUAGCCCCCCUUUGCAAGACUUACAAUGUAACGGGUGAUACCUGCUACAAUAUGGUAGCUUAUAACAUUUGCAACUAUAAUGUGCCAGUAAACAUUUUUACUGAA